UGCGCUACAUCCUCCAAGGCGACAGAGUGGCGCUCUUUUCAGUGCAUUAAUGUUUACAAGGGAAGUUCCCAUAAAGACUUCCCGGGCAGGUGUCGGCAAAUAUGGAGCGACCGGGAGUGAGGACGGCACGGCCGCUCACAGUAUUGGGUGAAGAAUGCGCCGCUCCGGUCCCUGAGGUGCUCGGAGCGCUGGAGGGCUCGCCACCUUGGCUGCAGCCCCCGGUCUCGGGCUGGGAACGAGUUCGGGAGCUCUUUCGGCGAAAUGAACAAAAGGCAUACCCAGAAGAAACGAUGUAUAUAACUAAAGCAACAUUUACAGGGGGUCUUGUUGGCUUUGUCUAUGGCGGUAUACCUGGAUAUCUAAAUGCCAAAAAACAGUACAUUGAGCAAUGUGGAGGAGAACUCUACCAUAAUCGGCUGGAUGCUGUGCAAUCUAUGCAACGUAUAGCAAUGAGGGGAUUCAUCCGAUAUGGCUGGCGGUGGAGCUGGAGAGUUGCUGCUUUUGUAGCAAUAUUCAACACAGUGAAUACUGGCUUGUCUGUAUAUCGUGAUAAAAGUACCCUUGGUCACUAUACCAUUGCUGGAGCUUGUACCGGCAGCUUGUUCAGAAUGCACUUGGGCUUGAGAGGUCUGAUUGGAGGCAGUGUUAUUGGAGGACUCUUGGGUGGCUCUCUGGGAACAUUACUAAUGGGACUGCAAAAAGUCACUGGCGAAACCUUUCUUGAGAGAAAGAAAAGAAAGCAAAGUGAGCUACAUGCACUUAAGAUGGAAAAGUGGAAAGCUACUCUUGAUAUCCAUGAAGAUAGUUCAGAAGAAACAGAUGAUGUCCUACAGGAAAAAGAUGGUAGAUAAUCUUGGAAAUUCAAGUUUAAAAAUUGACUAAAAGCCGUUUGUUGGACGAGGAGAAAUUUGAAUGUCUCUGGAUACAUAAUUAAAUAUGUGCAGGUGACAACAGAACUUCUUGUGGCAAAAACAGUAACUUUUAAUUUUUUUUAAAAAAAAAAGUUGUAUAAAAAUAAUUUCUGGGAAUAUUCAUGUAAAACACAUUCUUAAAUAUAGCAUUACUGCUUCCUUAAAAUAUAUAAAAAAAUCAGUAAAUAUUUUUGAAAAACUGUGGCUUUUAUUUAGUUUAGAACCCAUAACUUAAAAUAAGUUUUAUAUCUCAAUGCGUACCCUAUAUCAAAUCCUUAUAGAAAGCCAGUACCUCAUAUUUCCAACAAUUCUUUCCAGAGUUCUCUCAAACUCCUUUAUUCCUUAAUGCCACUCUCCUGCCACCAGUGAUAAUUAGCUGAGUUUACCCUGAAAUUAUUAGUAAAUAAUUAUCUCAUUUGAAUGAAUGUUAAGAGAAAGAAAAGAAAAUAUUUUUAUGUCCGAGCAAUCUCACAUCCAGCUCUAUUUUGACUUUCACAUUCUAGCAAACAAGAUAAAAAUGAGAUAAAAAUGAAUAAAAAAGAUAUUUCUCUCAAAUAUAUAAACAGGUACUGGCAUCUAAUUAAUGCAUCAACUGAUUUUUUUGUCAUAAAUAUGGCAAGAAAGGAAAUUAUGUACUACAGUUAGUAAUUAUGUGAAUUAAUUCAUGAAGAAUUAUGGUUGUUAAGGAUUUAAAUCAUUCUUUGAACCUAGUUCAACUGACCAAUCAUAUUUUCUUUGCAAGACAAUAAUUUCAAUGAUGUUUUCAGUGUUUAAGAAUAAUGCAUAAAAAAUUUAAAACUUAUAUGUCAGCCAUUUUUAUACAUUACACCGAGGAACAGAACUAGAUCACUUUAUAUUUCCUAUAUAAUUUAUAAAAUGUAUUUGAAGAUUUUUGUCUCAGCACAGGUUUUAGUCAUGUGCCAUUACAGUAUUUAAGAAGCUAAUGUGAAAAUGAGAGAAAAGAGGUUAGAAAAUAUUUGGGGCAGCAAUUGUUGUCAGAAAGAGUCAGUGUCUCCUGACUGAAUUAUCAAAUUAUUGAUUGGGUGAGACUAUUCAUAAAGGGAAGUAUAAAAGCUUAAUGGGAGAAAAAUUAUGGGAUACAGUUGACAGUUGAAAAGCAAAGCCUUUGAGAAAGUAUCUACAGGGAGAUGUGAAAUCAAGAGCCAUUUUCAAAUGAGACUGGAAUGUGCUAUUUGCUACAACUCACUUGAAUUAAAGUGUAAGAAUUACUGAGUGUUUUGAAUAAUUUAUGUUCACAUUUUUACUUUUUAGCAUACCCCUCUCUCAAUUUAUAUUUUUUCUCUAUUUUCUGCUUAUUUAAAUGAUUUUUAUGACCAUCCAUCUUGAAACAAUGACUGGGUAACAUACAGGGUAAAAACAGCAACUUACUGAUAAUCUGUGCCACUUAAGAUAAAUAAUACAUCUCACUCCAACAAAUCCAAGCCAAUUUAUCCAGCACUUGCCUAGAAUAGUCCUUACAUCAGUCCUGCAAAAAUUCCCAUGACUAUUCCUUACCUUGAAGAUAACAAGUUAUCAUGUUAGUCCAUUAGUUGACAUUCUGCAAAACAAAACAAAAAAGUGGGGGGCAAAGAAAUUACAGUUCACUGCCUUUAUUAGGUAUUAAUAAAACCUGUUAUCUGUGUUCA